GCAUUGUGUAGAUCCCUAUCUGUUUUCUCUCUCUCCGAAGCAGAGAGCAGAGACGAGCCUCCAUUUCUGCAAGCCCAAAAUCCUUUCCUUCUUUUCUUCUUCUUUUUCAAAAUUGUGAAAUGAAAAAUUAAACCCUAGAAUUCGAAGCCGGCGAUUUGAUUUGAUUCGAGUCCUUGGACAAUGCUUUGAGCUUUCAGGAAUCGGAAAUCAAAAUUUUUCUUUAGCAGAUUUCUCUCUGUGUUUGGGGAGGCUUAAGGAUGGGUCUCUGCAACUCCAAAUCCUCCCCAAACCCUAACACUGUUGCAUCUUCUCCGCCUGACAGUAGAAUCGCCGCUGUUCGAGCUAAUGAUAACUCUAUCCCGCCCAAGAAUGCGCCUAAACCAGAUUUGGCCGCGGGAAAUGGACGGGAAAACCCUGUCAAUGAGGAUCACAACGAGGAAGAGAAGGAGAAAACCGGAAAGGAUGAGAAAACGGUAUUAGAUAGUGUUAAGAAAUCGCCGUUUUUCCAGUUUUAUAGUCCCAGUCCUGCGCACUAUUUCUUCUCCAAGAAGUCGUCGCCGUCCGGGUCUCCGGCAAGGAAUGCGGCCAGCGCGAACUCCACUCCUAAGAGGUUCUUCAAGAGGCCAUUCCCCCCGCCGUCCCCUGCGAAGCAUAUACGCGCUGUAUUGGCACGGAGGCAUGGCUCGGUUAAGCCGAAUGAGGCAGCAAUUCCGGAGGGGAGCGAGGCGGAGGGGACCGGGCUCGAUAAGAGCUUUGGAUUUUCCAAGCAUUUUGGAAGCAAGUACGAGCUGGGAGACGAGGUUGGGAGAGGACACUUUGGGUACACUUGUCAGGCCAAGUUUAAGAAGGGCGAGCUUAGAGGGCAGCAGGUUGCCGUCAAAGUCAUCCCCAAAACGAAGAUGACUACAGCUAUUGCCAUUGAAGAUGUGAGAAGGGAGGUCAAGAUAUUACGAGCAUUAACUGGACAUAACAAUCUAGUACAAUUUUAUGAUGCAUACGAAGACCAUGAUAAUGUCUAUAUAGUGAUGGAGCUAUGUGAAGGAGGGGAACUCUUGGAUAGAAUACUUUCAAGGGGUGGAAAAUAUACAGAGGAUGAUGCAAAAGCCGUCCUAGUACAGAUAUUAAAUGUUGUUGCUUUUUGUCACCUUCAGGGUGUGGUGCACCGAGAUCUUAAACCUGAGAAUUUCCUCUUCACGUCGAAGGAUGAAAACUCGCAAUUGAAGGCCAUAGAUUUUGGCUUGUCAGAUUUUGUUAGGCCAGAUGAAAGACUGAAUGACAUUGUUGGUAGUGCGUACUAUGUAGCACCUGAGGUUCUACAUAGAUCAUAUGGUACGGAGGCUGAUAUCUGGAGUAUAGGUGUGAUUGCUUAUAUUCUUUUGUGUGGCAGCCGCCCUUUUUGGGCCCGGACAGAAUCUGGUAUCUUUCGGGCUGUUCUAAAAGCUGAUCCAAGUUUUGAUGAGGUGCCUUGGCCUUCUCUAUCUUUUGAGGCAAAAGACUUUGUCAAGCGCCUAUUAAAUAAAGACCAAAGAAAAAGAUUGAGUGCUGCCCAAGCCCUAUGUCAUCCCUGGAUUAGAAGUUCUAACGAGCUUGAUGUGCCUUUGGAUAUUCUAAUAUUCAAACUCAUGAAGGCUUAUAUGCGUUCGUCAUCUCUUCGGAAAGCUGCUUUAAGGGCUCUAUCUAAAACAUUGACGGUUGACGAGUUAUAUUAUUUGAAGGAGCAGUUUACACUGUUGGAACCAAACAAAAAUGGCACUAUAAGCUUAGAAAAUAUCAAAAAGGCCUUGAUGAAAAAUGCAACCCAUGCAAUGAGGGACUCACGCAUCCCUGAUUUUCUAGCAUCUCUUAAUGCUCUUCAAUACAGAAGGAUGGAUUUUGAGGAAUUUUGUGUGGCUGCAUUAAGUGUCCAUCAAUUAGAGGCUGCCGAUAGAUGGGAGCAACAUGCUCGUUGUGCCUAUGAACUUUUUGAGAAGGAUGGUAACAGGGCCAUUAUGAUUGAGGAGCUGGCAUCGGAGCUCGGACUUAGCCCUUCCGUCCCUGUACAUGCUGUUCUCCACGAUUGGAUCAGGCAUACCGAUGGAAAAUUGAGUUUCCUUGGCUUUGUAAAAUUAUUGCACGGCGUGUCUAGCCGGAACUUUGCAAAAGCUCAAUAGAAACUUCUAAGCUGAUGCAGAAACUCCAAAAGACUUGGUGGAUGUCCUCAAGCUAUGUAUUGGCCAAUAAAAAACAGAGCAAGGGACACUUUAAACCUGAUUUUCAGGCCUGAAUUUGAAGGUCUAAUCUACUGCCUCUGCAACCAUGGUGCAGUAAACCGAGUUUGGACAAGUUUUCUCGGUGGCACCACCUUGUAUAACCCGAAGGACCAUGGUGCUCGUGUUCCUUUUUUCGCAAUCAAAAGCUUUAGGCAUUUUAAAGAUUUUUCAUCGCUGUAAAGCUGUGUAGUUAAGUGUGUUUAGUUGCAGGUGAGAGGUUAUUUCUCAAACUGGUGGGCGGACACUUGAUGUUCUUAACAUAAUGGACUGUUGCUGAGAGGUCCGUGAUUGAAUUGUUUCA